AUGGAAGAUAAAACACCUCCAGAGUUGCCUCAGAACUUCGGUCGUAUCUCAAUAAGAGACGCCACCUUCCGGAUAUAUUCUCAUAACGUCAAGAACGGGGGCCAUAAGGCUCUAGUUCCAGGUGAAGAGCCCUGGACAAAAAGGUUCAGAAAGAUCACGGCUUCCAUUCAUUUCAACGCUCAAAGAGACUCUAUUGUGUGUUUACAAGAAGUAUACAAAUUUCAGUUGAACGAUAUCAUGAAAGAGUUAAACCGUUAUUCACCAAAUGAGGACUGGAAGUACUACGGAGUAGGGAGAAUUGAUGGGAUGGAGCUUGGAGAGUUUGUUCCAAUUAUAUAUAAGGAGUCAGAAUGGGAACUAGUUUUUUCUGAUUCUCUCUGGUUGAACGAGAAGAAUACGAGGCUGUCAUUGACUGGCUGGGAUGCUCAAUAUCCACGGAUAGUUUCAUAUGUCACAAUGAAACACAAAGGUUCAGAAAACUAUAUAAAUGUAUUCAAUACCCAUUUGGAUCACGUUGGUGAGAAGUCAAAAAUUGGUUCGGUCAAGUUGAUUGGACAAACCAUGAAAAGCAUCAACAGCUGGCCCUCGUUCCUUUGUGGAGAUUUCAACACCGAGCCCGAUGAUGCUGCCUUCAAGCAAUUGGAGGAAUCUUUCAGUGAUGUUUCAACAUUGUCUACACCAUUCAACAGGUAUGGUCAUGAGAAAUCGUCAGUGACGGGCUUUGAAGGUGAAGUAUUGCUUCAAGGAGGUCAGAGUAUUGACUACAUUUUUGCUCCCAAGUACACGGCCAAAAUGAGCGACAAGCCCCAGUGUGAUUCUAUAGACGUCAACUCAGCAGCCAACAAGCUCUUCUUGCGGUUGCAAGGAUUCGGCAUGUUGCAUUCCAAGUUCGGAGGGUCGUACAUGAGCGACCACCGUCCGAUCGUAGCCGACUUUUCGUUGUCUGGAAAGUGCUGA